AUGUCAUCUUAUUUGCCCUUUCAUAAUCUAGCGUAUUGUCCAAAAUAAAUCAUCGAAUUUGUCUAAAGGCCAGAUAUGAGUUUAUUGGAUUUGCACAAACUGGUAGAUUCACUCAAAUUACCCAGAAAUCAUUCUAAAAUCUUAAGAAAAAUGUAAAUUUUAGUACAAAAGCAAGAGACUUUUUUGAAUGAAGAAAACUCGAACAUUAGAACUUAUGUAGAUGAGGAUUCAAUUUCACCAAUGAUGAUAUUUGGAAAGCUCGGCUAUUGA